AUGGGUCCGCCGGCUGGAGAUUAUAAUGCCGCUGGUAUAGCACUUCCAAUGCAUCCAUUGCCACCCGUUGCCCCACUAGCGAAUCUAGAGGCAAUUGAUCCACAGACAUUAACAGAGGUUGUUCGAAGAGUUUUUGGACAACAUUUACGCCCUUUAGAUCGUCCAUCAUAUCAACGACCAUACCCCGAUUGGGACGGACGUUCUAGUGUGGAGCAUAUAAGCCAUUUCACCGCACAAUGCAGCAAAGCAGGCUAUAAUGGUUGGCAUAAACUUCAGCUCUUCUCAUUGUCGUUAACAGGUGCCGCAUUUAGUUGGUAUUCGGCACUACCGCCAAAUUUUGUAAAAUCUUGGCAAAAUUUGGAAAGGACGUUCCAUGACCGAUUUUACAGUCCACCAGCUGAAGUUACAUUGCUCAAUCUGAUGAGCUCAAGGCGAAAAAUCGAUGAGUCGUUGGCGGAGUACAUUGAGUGUUUUCGGCAAUUGAAAAGUCGUUGUAAUAUUCAAAUUCUAGAUGCUCAAGCGACGAACAUAGCUGAAUUCAGCGACUUUCAGCAGUUGGUUGUUCAUGUUGUGGAACAAAUGAUAAAAGAGCGACAAGCUGCUCGGGUGAUUCGAACCCGACCGGCGAAUCAAUCUGUUUUGAUUAUUGAUGAGAAGACGGCUGAUGAAAGUGCUAUGGAGGAGGAUGAACAACCAGAGUUGUGUGCCGCUGAAUUGGUGCAAGGCAAGAUGCAUACUUGUCCUACGCUUCGGCUGGCCAAAGGAAAAGAGGUUAGUCCGAAGGUUACUUAUUCAUUCGACAUUAGUAAGGUGGAUCAAAUUUUUGAUUUCUUGUUGAAAGUCAAACAAAUUAAGUUGAAGGAUGGCUAG